UUUAAAAAGUGGGGUAUGUUACACAAUAGUGGUCUCCACGGUGAUAGUCACAGUUGAGGCGCGUGUCAGUUUUCGUUGCAGUUCUCGUUUCACGGUGGAAACUGGGUGCAGACCUGCGCUCUUCUGAAGUUAAUUAAAACGCCCCCCUGAUUGGACGGACAGAUAAUCCCGGCGGGCCGCGUGCUCCUACUAACUUGCGAGCAGGGCAGAACGCCAGUCACAAUCUGCCCAAGGCGAGGGAGGGCAAGAAAGACGCACGAGGAAAACGACUGUACAAGGGGGGCACGAGCGCUCUGGUCUCACUGAGCACAAUUAGAGAAGUGUUGUUGAACGUGGGCUAUGCGCGCAACAAGGGGGGAGCGCAGUGUACAGAGGAGGUGAAUGCAUGUAGAGGCUCAGCUUCAGAUUCACAGCCUUCUUCCUGAAGAGUCACAGCACUAACAGAGGAAAGGAGUGAGAGGAACUCCAAGAAAACAGCAACUCUUGGACAGAACUGCGCUGUUUUCCCCUAAACAAAAGCUUGGACAAAGAGGGAGAAGGGGAAGAAUAUACUUUUUCUGGCCAGAACCUGCUUUGGAAGAGAAAAUGAAUGCCAGCGAAGAGAAUCUGCUCAAGUCCAUCAGCAACGACGCGCUUCUAGACCUGACGCAGCGCUAUGGCCAGUCAGCCUUCGGGUUUGGCGCUGGCCAUGGUACUGGAAGUCCUGGCCGGUUCCCACUCACACCGGCCACCGACUUCCUCUCUGGACAAAGUGCAAAGUCCAACGAGAGCGGCGGAGAACACACGAGCGAUGACGAGGACGGCUUCGACUCGCUGGAGUCCCGGAAGAGGGGGUCCUCGUUUGGAGACGACAAGCCUGGGGGUCCCCUUGCCAAAAAGUCCAAGGAGCAGCGAUCCCUGCGGCUCAGCAUCAACGCCCGAGAGAGGAGGAGGAUGCAUGACCUGAACGACGCGCUGGACGGCCUGCGCGCCGUUAUUCCCUACGCCCACAGCCCCUCGGUGAGAAAACUCUCCAAAAUAGCCACUCUCCUCUUGGCCAAGAACUACAUCCUCAUGCAGGCUCAGGCCCUGGAGGAGAUGAGGCGACUGGUGGCGUAUCUGAACCAGGGACAGACCAUAACUUCACCAAUCCCCACCACUCUGGCGCCCUUUGGACAGGGUGCCGUCUACCCCUUUUCGGGUUCCGCACUCGCCACCUGUGCCGAAAAGUGCACUACUUAUUCUGGGGCACCGUCGAGUCUCUUCAAACACUGUAAUGACAAGUCUUGAUUUGAUUUAACUCUCUUUCCCGAACUUUUACCUGUACUAAACCCUUGGUUUCUCUCUCUCUUUCUCUUUCUUUCUCUUUCUCUCCUUCUCUUUCUCCCGCUCUAGUUAAUUUAAAAUUCAUUAUGUGGAAAAUAAAACGACUUUAGUCUAAUAAAUAAUCUUAAGAUACGGUUAAGUACUCAUACUGCAGUGUUACAUCCAGAAUUAACCGCUUUAGAAAAAAAACUGUUUAGGCCUUAUUGUAAGAUGACGUCCCUGUCACAUUGGCGCUCGCUCUUUACAGAAACCACAGGCCAUGUCCAAAUUAUCAGUUUGGCAAAAUUUUUAGGAAGCUUCUCUUUUCAUUUGUAAUCUAUGCAACAUUCAGUAAUAACAAUAUAAAAAUAGAAACUCCAGGAAAAUGUGACCUAAUCUCGACAUUUAGAUUUGAUUCCCUUGACUGACUGUGUGAUGUUAUGUGGGGAAAGAAAAUCUGAUGUGAUGUUCUAUUUUCUGAUACAACGUGUUUGUUUUUGUUUAAAGUUAUUGCACAUCUCACAUGAUUGUAUUGUACAAUUUUGAAGAAUCUCUUGCUUCAAGCCCAGUUAUACUAAUGGUUACAUAAGUGCAGCCUAUAAACUGAAGAAGCGUUCUGGUUGUGUUGCAACAUGGAUUUCAUAUAUUGUUUAUAUGUCUUUAUAAUUAAAACAUAUCUAUG